AAAUAGAGAAAAAACGGCGGUUACCUAAAAUCUUAUUUGUAGGGUUUUCCUGCCCUCUUCUCUUCCAGAACACCGAAUCAAGGUAUCUCACUAGCUAUACCGGCAGCCGCCGCCGACAACAACGAAGCGAAGUCUUCAAAUUGAAAUUGGGGAUAUUUUUUUAAAGAAGAGACGCAAUGAGGUUGGAGAAGUGUUGGUUCUGCUCCUCGACUGUAUACCCGGGGCACGGUAUCCAGUUUGUCCGCAAUGAUGCUAAGAUUUUUCGAUUUUGUAGAUCCAAGUGCCACAAGAACUUCAAAAUGAAGAGGAACCCUCGCAAAGUAAAAUGGACCAAGGCCUAUAGAAGGUUGCAUGGGAAGGACAUGACACAGGAUACAACCUUCGAGUUUGAGAGAAAGCGAAAUAGGCCUGAGAGAUAUGAUAGGAAUCUUGCUGAGAAUACUUUGAAGGCUAUUAAGAAGAUUGAUAAGGUCAGAUCCGACCGGGCAGCAAGCCACAUAGAGAAGAGGUUGAAGGUCAGGAAAGGCAAGGAGCGGAGAGAGGCACAAAAGGAAUUGGAGCAGUCGAUUCACUUGGUCAAGGCUCCUCAAGUGCUUCGACAAGACCAAUCUCUCACGUUACCCAAGAUCAAAGUCGAGGUUUCUCAACCAAAAAGCGAGAAAAAUCAGGCAAUGGAAGAGUGAUUUUGUUAGCCAGUUCUUUAGUUUGUAUUUUUGCUUUGUUCCCUCUGUUUUUCUUUUCUUCUUUUUUGCCUCGUAUCCCGUGAGAAGGAUAGCGGUGGUGGUGCUUCAGCAUUUCUGCUGAUGCGCUCGUUGUUGUCAAGGUCACUCAUGGAGGGAUAAGAUUGUGCUCUGUUUUCAUUUCUUUGCUGUGACAGGCAGGUAUUUAUGAAAAUUGAACUCCAAGUA